AUGUUACAGCCGCAAUUGAGGGCGCCCGUGAGGCUCCUCGAAGGGGUCUUUGCCCAAUGCACAGCCCAAACCUCGAAUCGAUCGCAUUCCCAUUUAUCCAGACGGACGUUCAGUUCAAGAACCGUCGCAUCAUAUCUCCUCCAAUCUCAAUUACGGCCUCAACAAUCGUCCAUCCUCUCGCAGCUCGGCCAGGUCCGAUACGCCUCUCACAACUCGCAAGGUAGCGGAGCGAACAAGCACGCUAAAAACUCACCAGGACGAAGACUUGGUGCCAAAAAGACAGGCGGCCAAAGUGUGGUUACAGGAAAUAUCAUUUUCAGACAACGAGGCACGAAAUGGUUCCCUGGUGAAAAUGUCGGUAUGGGGAGAGACCAUACGAUCUUCGCCCUUGAGAAAGGAUAUGUUCAGUACUACCGUGACCCCGAGCGUCACCCUAAGAGAAAAUAUAUCGGUGUCGUUUUCAACAAGGAGGAUAAGUUGCCUACUCCGAAAAACGCAGUAACCAGGAGACGAUUGUCAAUGGUUGCUGUCCCGAAGAAGAUAGAAGAAGCUCCCGUGGAGGAACAGGCAGACGCCUCCAAGCCUGUGAAGUUGACAAUAGUUCCGUCUGAUUCAGGGCCUAGCUAUCGAACCGGAUAUAUGCAUCGUGAGGCGAACUGGGAGAUCGGAAGAGCUGCAGAGAAGGCUGGAAUCAAGGUCGAGGAGUGGAAGAGAAAGGACCGCUGGACGGCUUGGAGACGCAAGCUGGAGAAGAUAAAGCGAGUUGCACAGAUGAAGGAGCUGAAGAAGAAAAAGAUCAAGGUGAAAGUUUGA